AUGUUCCUCCAAUCAAGAGAUGUUGAUCAAGAGAUAAAUGAAGUCUUGAAUGACGUGCUAUACAUUGAAUCCGAUGAGGUUAAACCAAUCACCGCUAAUAUAAUAGCAAAAGAAACAGAAAAGGAUCCACUUCUAUCUAAAGUACUAUUAUGGACUCAACGUGGUUGGCCAACUCAUAACUCAGAUAUCAACCUUACGCCUUUCAUUUCUCGUCAAAAUUCAAUUUCUCAAUACAAACAAUGUUUACUUUGGGGAACUAGGGUGAUCAUUCCAUCCACUCUCAGGCAACAAGCUCUGAAGCUUCUACACAUGGGACAUGAGGGCAUUGUUCGAACAAAGGCGUUGGCUCGAAGCUAUUUCUGGUGGCCAAAACUUGAUCAAGACAUAGAAAACAUAGUGAAUUCUUGUCAAGCAUGUCAACAAAGUCGUCACAACCCUCCAAGAGCAACAGUUCUUCCCUGGGAGAAAACGAAACAACCCUGGUCUCGUCUCCACAUAGAUUUCGCUGGGCCCUUCCAAAACAAGUUGUUUUUGAUUGUUGUCGAUUCUUUCAGCAAAUGGUUAGAAGUAGUUUUGGUGCCUUCUACAGAUUCAAGAUCAACUAUAAAGGUCCUCAGAAGCCUUUUCGCAACACAUGGUGUUCCAGACACAAUAGUAUCUGAUAACGGGUCGGCUUUCACUUCACAAGAAUUUCGAUCGUUUAAUGAAAGCAAUGGCAUCCGCCACGUCGUGGUUGCACCAUACCAUCCGUCAUCGAAUGGUCAGGCAGAAAGGAUGGUCCAAACGACAAAAAAUUCUUUGCGACGAAUACUUCAAGGAGAUUGGCAAAAAAGAUUGGCUCAGUUCCUAAUAUCAUCUCAUAUAACGCCAAAUUGUUCUACUAAUAUGUCACCGAGUGAACUGCUGUUCGGAAGGCGUAUUAGAACCAUCUUAGACAGAGUUCACCCAGAUUAUUCUUCAAGUGACAAAGAAGAGAAAAUCUUGGAUAAAGCGCUUCACGAUUACCAACAGUCACCUCAGAGGAAAUUUAAAGAAAAUGACUCCGUAUUUGCAAGAAACUAUAAUCAGCGAGGACCAAAGUGGAUUCCUGCUAAAGUCACUAGAAUAACCGGGCCACUGAGCUACCAUUUGAUAACAAAAGAAGGCAUUGAAAUACGACGUCAUAUUGACCAAUUGAGACCUCGCUCAGAAACAUCAAAAGCAUCUACUAACUCACACUUGGAUAAUCCUGAAUCUCCAGUAAACCCACCAUUCCACCCACUACUCCAGAAUCCUAUUCAAAUGAGAACACCAGAAGCACAUCAUAUCACUCCAGUGCAACCACCAUCAAUGGUUCGCAAUCCUAUUAUGAUGAGAACACCAGACGUACAACCAAUGCGACCAUCAGUGAUGCAACAAUCUCGCAAUUCCUUUAGUGGUAUAGAAGGUUCAAUUAACCCUCAUCAAGAAGAUGCUGGUUUCAACGUUUCUGGUUUAAUUCAAGACUCCACUAGCAUGAGCACGAGUCCACAACCUGUUCGGUCACGUGUCUCUAGAUCAAACUCCCAAAACACUUCAAUGAGCAUGAGUCCUCGACCUGUUCGUAUCCGUCGACCACCGGCAUAUCUGAAGGACUACCUAACGGGGGGAGGAGUGUUAUGUAUCAAGAAAUAAGUCCAUAU